AUGGCGCAUGAACACCAGCGUGCUGAUAGAGACAACUAUAUCGUUGUCAAGCCCGAGUUGUUGGACGAUUUCGAACAGUGUUACGAGCGCGCCCACGCAAAGAACUCUCGAGUUACCAAAGAAAACGUAUGCGCCUCCCUGCGAUAUUCACUUCGGAACCAGUGUAUGUGCAGAGAGAUCAUCAAAGGCAUGGCCGAAUUCUAUCUCCCACUCUUUGCCUUCGACAAAUACGACAUCGAUAGCAUCAUGCAUUAUCCAAGCGCUCUUGGUGGUACACAGAAGUGCCAACUGUACAGCGGUGAGGAGGACACUGCUGAUUGUCCUAUUCAAGUUUACAGGAACUUUGAGGACCAUAGCCAAGGGACUACGAAGAUUACGCCGAACUUGCAUCCGUCUGCGCAGGAUAUAGCGUGGGUUAAGAAGGUGUAUGCUUGGGAUGAGAUGGGUGGAACGCCAGAUGCGACAAAGUCAUCCACUGCCGUCGCAACGUCAUCGACCGCUGUAUAA